AUGGACGACGACGACGGGAUUCAGCUCAACUUUGCGCCGUCCAAGCCAACCAAGCCAACCAAGCCAAAGCCAACAAAGACACGAGGCAAUGGAAAUGCUGCUGCUGCUGCGGGUGGUGGCUUCCAACGCCGCGCCGACCAUCACGGCGGUGCACGACCAUCGCACUAUAACGCAAGCCGCGGCUGGAGCGACGCGGAUCGCAGCCACAUGGGAGCAGGACGAGGCGCUGCUGCUGCAGGACGAGGCGCUGCUCCCGGACGAGCAUUGCCAUCGAGUAGCAGUAGCAGUAGCAGUAGCAGUAGCAGUAGCAGCAGUGGUGCUGCUCCUGGUGCUGCUGAGGGCAGGCAAGGCGGAUCGCGCAGCUCGGCCGUGCUCGCGGCGUCGUUUGGUCAACGAGGCAAGGCGUCGGGACUCGUCUCGUCGCUGUUCAGCUCCAACCCAGGGGAUGCUGCGUCAGACACUGCGCGCGGUCGGGCUAUCGACACGGCGGCGGCUGCGACAGCGGCUGGUGCUCGGUCUGCCAAGGUCAAGUCCAUUGGCGAGCUGGGCUCGAGCUCGAGUCGGCAACAACAACAACAACAGCCUGCGCUGGACCCGAACGGCGUCGAGACGUUUGCCGAUCUCAUGCUGGACAGGAGACUGCUGGACACGAUCGAAAAACACAUGCAGCUGGCCGAAAUGACACCGGUUCAGCGCUUGGCGAUUCCCGUGAUGAUGCGAGGCGAUGAUGCUCUCGUCCGCUCAGAGACCGGAACAGGCAAGACGCUGACAUUCCUUGUGCCGAUCGUCAACAAGCUCGUGGCGCGCACCGAUACCUUGCGGCGGACGGACGGCGUGCAGGCCAUCAUUCUGGCGCCAACACGCGAACUCGCAUUGCAAAUCCACACCGUGCUCCAGCAGCUGCUCAAGGGACACAUUAACAUUGUCUCUGGCCUCGUGGUCGGUGGUGAAAAGCGCAAGUCGGAGAAGGCCCGAUUGCGCAAGGGCCUCAACAUUUUGAUUGCAACACCCGGCCGUUUGCUCGACCACCUACUGCACACGCGCUGCUUUUCUGUCGCCACUGUGCGCUUCCUCGUGCUCGACGAAGCCGACCGCCUCACCGAUCUCGGCUUUGACAAGGACGUGUCGGCCAUCGUUCGAGCGCUCGACGGUGGACGCUACGACAUGGUUCGCGAAGAGCGCGAGGCGCGAGCUGCCCGAGAGCGCGAGCUCAAUGGCGGCCAGCCCGCGAAAAAGUCAGGCAACGAUGACGAUGACGAUGACGAUGACAAUGACGAAGAGACUGCCAUCGAGCUGAAGCCCCAACAACAGCAGCAGCAGCAGCAACAACAGCAGCAACACCAACAACAGCAACAGUCGUCAUACCAGCAGCACAACCGGGUGCAUCGCCAAAACAUUUUGAUCUCUGCCACGUUGAAAGAAGGUGUCAAGCGCUUGGCAGGCAUCAGUCUGGAAGAUCCCACCUUUGUGGAUGCGUCCCAGCAGGCCCUGCGCAAGCUCGGCGCCAAAGACUUUGGAUCGCUGCCGUUGAGCAGCACGGUGACUGACGACGGCGAUGAGCUGUUUACCUUGCCCGAGCAUUUGGUGCAAUGCUAUCUUGUCGUGCCACUCAAGCUGCGACUGGUCACCCUGGCAGCCUUCUUGUUGCAUCGCUGCGCUGCGAAGGGCAACAAGGUUCUCGUCUUCCUCUCGAGCCGCGACUCUGUCGACUUCCAUUACGAACUCUUCAAGUCAAGCGUCAUGUCUGCGGAACCUCUGGCGGAGGAGACCGAACAGCAGCAAGACGUUUUGAUCGACCCCCAGAUUGCCAAGCAACUCGCCGCCGUCCAGAAAGAAGUCAUGGAUGCCCGACGCGCCGCAAGUGCCAAGCAUCGAGGGACCACCAUGAUGCAAGUGGACGGAGAAGACGAAAAUGCCAAUGUGGACGACAGUGACGAAGACGAGGAUGAUGAGACCAAAAUGGCGGCCGCCAAGAAGGAAAAGAAGGCAAAGAGCUCGACCAAGCAACCUGCCAACGCUCUCUUCCGGGGUGUUCCCAUGUUCAAACUGCACGGCAACAUGAAUCAGCAACAGCGCACGCAGGUCUUCCGCGACUUCGGCCGUGUUUCCAGCGGUGUCCUGUUCUGCACGGACGUUGCAUCUCGCGGUCUUGAUCUGCCGAAUGUUGACUGGAUUGUUCAGUUCAACACCCCAGGCGACACGGCAGAUUACAUUCAUCGCGUCGGCCGCACGGCUCGUGUGGGCCGCACAGGCCAUGCGCUCCUGUUUUUGGCUCCCCAUGAAACCCCGUAUGUCGAGACGUUGGCCAAUGCCCACGUCAAGUCAAUCGAGCAAGUAUCGCUGGAAUCGGUGCUUGCACCCUUGUCUGGUAUUGUCGAGGCGCGAUUGCCCAGCGACCACCCGGCGAACAUGGGAUCGAAGAGCACCAAGCGACGCGGAAAACGCAGCGGCCUGCUCUUCAGCGUGGAGGAUGCUGCUACCGCGGUCCAGCAGUGCUUUGAGCGUGCCAUCAUUCUUGCACAAAACAAGCUCCAGGAGGAGGAGCGCGAGAAGCAUCGCAAAGAACUCAUGGAUCAGCGAAAUCAUCGCAAGCGUCGUGGCGAUGCGGCUGCCGAGGAAGCAGAGAUGGACAAGGAAGAAGAGCAAGCGGCGAACGGUAAGCCAGCCAAAAAGCGCUACUCGUCUGCAGCUGCGUUGGCUGAGGCAGAAGAGGCUGGCCAGACCAACGUAGCACUGCUGGCACGUGCCGCUUUCCAGUCCUUUGUUCGCGCAUACGCCACCUACCCAGCGCUCCUCAAAAAGAUUUUCCACGUGCGGCUGUUGCAUCUGGGUCACCUCGCCAAGAGCUUUGCCCUGCGCGAAGCCCCCAAGGACAUUACGGUACAAGGCCAAACUGGUGGCGGCGACUCGCAUGCACCGACAGGACCCGGCGGUGCGCCCAUUCAGCGCAAGAACAAGCGACUGGACUUUCGGUUGGAUGCCGAAGGGAAUCGGCUGCCUCCCCCGAUGCCGGUGGCUCGACCAAAGCGCACAGCGGUCGACGAGUUUGGCGAUGGCGGCAGCAGCAGUAGUUCUGGAGGACGUGGCCAAGCCCACCUUGGUCAUCACGUUCAAAAGAAGGCAAGGUUGUUCCCGAAGAGCAUGAUGCCCAAGGGUAAAGGGAAGCGAUAG